GCAUCUGUUGAAUUUCUGUGUGCAACUCUUUGCACUGUUGUCUGUUCCCCACUACUACUUCGUCACAGAUUCACAUCCAUGUUUAGUAUCUUCUAGUAGCUCUCGCAGACCAACGUAUCUUUUGACAGAAUUUCUGGACCGAAAUGACUGCAAAUGUCACGUCAGCCUCGCCGCGAAGAGUACACUGUAGGAUGGGUAUGCGCACUGCCCAUCGAGUCCGCAGCGGCGAGAUCGAUGCUAGACGAAAAGUAUUACACUCCCGAUCCCAAACCAGGCGAGAAGUGGGAUGACAUAUAUUUCACGGGUUCGAUCGCCGGCCACAAUGUUGUUAUCGCCUGCCUCCCAGGGCGUACUGGAACGAAUUCCGCAGCUACGUUGGCAACACGGAUGCAAGCCAAGUUCCAAGGAAUCAGAUUUGGACUCAUGGUAGGCAUCGGCGGAGGUGUACCAGGCGGGCAAGCAGAUAUUCGACUUGGAGAUGUUGUUGUCAGUGCACCACAAAAGACCUUCGGAGGGGUAGUACAAUACGAUAUGGGAAAGACGACACCAACAGACAUCAUAAGAACAGGAAGCUUGGACUCACCACCCCAGAUCUUGCUUAGUGCAGCAGGCGCACUAGAAUCUGACGCUUUGAUCGGCGAGAGCAAGUUGCUCAACAUACUCUCAAAAACCCAGCAUAUCCCUUCUUUGCGGCGGUGUGAAUCUAGUACAGAUGUGCUGUACGAUGCGUCCUACAACCACGGAAACGAUCCAACUUGUGAGAAUUGUCGUUCCGAUAAACAAGUGGUCCGCUCCCAACGCAGAAGAGGAGAGGAGGUAGUAGUGCAUCACAGAACCAUCGCAUCAGGCAACCAGGUGAUGAAGAGCGCUGCUGAAAGGGACAAGAUCAGCCAAAACCUCGGUGGUGUUCUAUGCUUCGAGAUGGAGGCAGCCGGUCUUAUGAACAGCUUCCCCUGCCUUGUCAUCCGUGGCAUCAGCGACUAUUCAGAUUCGCAUAAAAAUGACCAAUGGCAUGGUUACGCCGCCGCGACUGCAGCUGCCUAUGCUAAAGAACUUCUUUCAAGGAUCCCACCAGCUCAUGUUAUGAGAACUGCAAGGGUAGAAGACGUGAUCAAAGAUACGAGAAGUUAGUAACGUGACGCGCGGUCUUCAAGCCCCACUUGUGAGUCUUCGAAACGUAGGAAAACUGAGGACCCCAGUGGUCGGGUGCCUGAGCUCGAAGGGCGAGAAAUUGUCGUACUACAGGAACGAACCCGACAGCCACUGAACGAAGAUCGAUUCCAUCAUCCGCAAAAUGAAGACUCAACACGCGGGACACUGAGCGACGAGCA